AUGGCUAAGAGUACACGGUUUACCAAAAUUCUUUUGGUACUCUUGUUAAUAUGCUUUACAAUGGCGAUGAUUCCACUCCUCAGCUUGGGGUUUAUAAAAAGUAAAUCCCCAUCCACCAUGCCAUCUUUAUUUUCAACCUCAUCUAUGCAAACAUUACCGGGAGAUGUCAAUAUUAGAAAUGAAGAAAACAACUCUGGUUUAAAAAAGAUACCACAUUCAAAUAAAGUAAAGGAAGAUCCUGAUGGACUACAUAAUAGUGUGGAAGAUAUGGAUAGGAAUAAUAAUAAUAAUAAUAAUAAUAAUGGGAAUGAGGAGAAUGCUGAUGAAACACUAAUUCCCUUAACGGAUAUUCCAAAAUCUCCUUAUUAUUCCUUUGACCCACAUAUUAUGUCUCCUUCCUUUUUACGAAACUUACAAAACAGUUCUAAACGAAUUAUUAAGAAAUGGACUCGUGCCCAUUUUGACCGCUAUGACUCUGCUGACAUCUCAGACUGUGAUAUCAUAACCCCUGAGUGUUCUUUACACAAAUAUCUACUUAAAUAUACAGCGGAGGAAAACGAAAAAGAAAGUGAAGAAGAAAAAGAAGAAGUGGAAGAUCCAAACCGCUUACCGUAUAGAAAGUGUUGUGUAGAGCAUAAGGCUUUACGAGAUACAACUAUAUGGGUUGUAAAUCAAUUAAAGGCAGCGGGAAUUAUUUAUUUUCUCUCAACAGGAACUGCACUGGGGGCAUUACGGCAUGCGGGAGUUAUUAUUCCGUGGGAUACGGAUGUGGAUAUCGCCAUUUACCCAAAAGACCGUGUGAAGGUGGAGAAAAUAUUUCGUGGGAAUAAAAAACAUUUCUUUCGAAAGGAUCCUCAUGGGAAACCUAUGUUUUGGGUUUAUCAUUCUAAAGAUGGUUAUCCAGUGGGUGGACCACAUGUGGAAAUCUUUUACGAUCCUGUUUAUACACAAUUUCCACAUUUAUUACUUCCACUUCAGGAAUGUUUAUUUUAUAAUGAAUCCAUGAUGUGCCCAAAUGUAAAACAGUUUGAAGAAUGGUUUCCAAGUGGAUGGAAAGUUUACGGUGGUGGGCAUUAUAAUGGUCCAAAGAGUUGUACGGUUCGUCUAAAUGGGAAAACAAUAGCGAAAAGGCGAUGUUGA